AUGGAGCCCAUAAGAGAAGCCCUGGCCAAGUACGGCAACACCUGGAACAACGAAGUGCCUCCUGCGCUGGCAAAGCUCUAUGGACCAAUUCAGGCCAAGUUCCAGAGCAAGUAUGAGGGCCAGAUCAAGGCCGAGACCGCCAUCAAAUAUGGGCCGGAUGCAAGGAAUCGUCUCGAUGUCUAUACCCCAGUAGAGGCAGACAAGUCCGGAGGUUCCGGCAGGCCUGUCAUCGUCUUCAUCCACGGAGGUGGUCUUGUGGCUGGGGACAACAAUAUGUAUGCCAACAUUGGCAACUACUUUACUAGCAACGGCUUUAUCACAUGUCUCGUCACAUAUCGCCUAGCCUUGCAGGGCGGGCACCAUCCCCACGGAGCCGAGGACGUCACCGCUGCCCUCCAAUGGAUCCAGGCAAACAUCUCCCAGCACGGCGGAGACCCGGACAAGGUCGUCGCUCUCGGCCAGAGCGCCGGCGGCCUGCACCUUGCUACGGCACUCUUCCUCGGCAAGCUUGAUCCCAACCCCAAGCCUCUGCUUCGCGGCGCCGUCCUCCUCUCUGCCCCCUUCACGUGCAGCACCAUCGACCCCAGCAGGGCGAACCUGCUGAAGGAAUGGUUCCAGACCGAUGACCUGUUCGAGGUCAACCAUCGCUGGGCGCCGGCUGCCAUCUUCCGCCAGGAGUUCUUCGGCACGGGCACGACCCCGCCACGGAAGAAGCUCCCCUGUGAGCUGCUGAUGAUGGUCGGCGAGGCUGAGGCGGAUGAGAUCCUCGACGGCACAUUCGAGUUCCUGAGUGACUACAGGAAGAGGUUCUCCAAGUUGCCUGUUCUUGAGGUGCUCAAGGGCCAUAACCAUGUCUCGUACACCUUUGGGCUGGGUCUGGAUGAGCCAGAGUAUGCGGCUGUGGGAACGAGACUGAUUUCUUUUGCGAAGGAGAACACGGCAUAA